ACUGGUGCAACACCCUCACGUAAAAAGUUAUAUGUUCAACGAAAUACACGCAUUCUUGAUUUGGAAAAAAGAUAUAAAGAACACAAAUUAACAUUAAAUGAAUUUCACGACCGAAACGGAUCGCAGGAAGAUUUACUGAGCGGAGGGUCAUUUUGGUUCCAAUUAGGCUCUGUGCCUAAUGGGAACCGUACAGCGAAAUGUGUGUCUAAUUGGAACCGCCCCGUUGAAAUUACACGGAUGUCUGCCAAUGAUGACGAUGAUGAUGAUGUUCCGUUAAUCGAUCAGCCUUUCAUAUCGUUAUACAACGCAAAACUAUCACUAAUUCCAUAUGACGAUUCAAUUGAAACAACAGAAGUUCAAAUAGUUGAUAAUGAUAAAGGAAAAACUCACUCAAGACAUAUAUUAACUGUGUUAAGCCUUAUAUCCAUUCUUUUAACCAUUGCAUGUGGAACAAUAACAUUUUAUUCAAUUGAAAUAGAUCAAUUAGUAUCUGCAAUAAGUUUUGUAAUGACUUUAUUUCUAAAUGUAUUAUUUUUUGUAGUUAUCAUCUGGCGUUUUCAAAAUUCCCAUAACGAUACUUUAAAAUAUGAAUUGUCUACAUUAUGUUUGUUAGCCAUACUACUUACAUUAUCCGGAUGUAGUUGUCUGAUCAACUCAAUAUCCGAUAUUUUAAGAAAUAUUAAACCAAAAUCAAACUUUAUUUUGAUUAUUUCAAGUAGUGUUGAAACGAUUUUAUUUUCACUAUUGGCUUUUGCUAAAAUUAUUUUAGCUAAAAGAUUAAAUGUUACAUCAGCAUAUGUUGAUGCAUUCAAUACGGGCAUUAAUGGUUUAAUAUCAUUGUGUGUUACAGUUAGUGCAUUUGUUUACCAGUAUAUAAACUCAAAUGUAUGGUAUAUGAAUCCAACUAUGGGUAUGGUUAUAUCAAUUUUAACUAUUGGUUAUGGACUAUACUUGUUAUUCAAAUCAUCAAUUGGACAAUACAUCAGGGGAAGAAGUCGCUGUUUUUUACGUUCAACAUUUCGAUAA